AUGUCUGCGAAUAUUGCACAACCUUAUACUGUGCUUAAGAUAGGCACAGAUGCUGGUCCAUUGGCUCAAAUAUGGCUAGCUGCUAAUAUGUCAAACAUCCCAAGGGGAUCCGUCUUACAAACGAGUAUAAACGAAUCCGCAAAGGAAAUCGCCAAAGUUUCUGGUUGUGAACCAGAAAUUGAACAGAAUAAUGAAAAUAUUACUUUACAUGUGUCCGGUGAAUUAUUACAAGGGAUCGUUCGUGUUUAUUCCAAACAGGCAGGUUUCCUAUUAUCUGACAUAAAAGACACAUUGACUAAGAUCACAGCCUUAUUUAAAACACAUUCAAGAGUAAAUGUAACAAUCAGUAGAAUUAGCACUAUUGCAAAAGUUAAUCAAUUGGUUCUGGAAGAUACGGUAACUGAAAAGGAAGUUCUAUCAACGCCAAGUUUAGAUUUCCUUGAUGAACCCCCCCAAGUAAUGAAAACAUUACUAAAUGGAAACAAUUCUAUGUUAAGAGGAGUUCAAGGAGCUGCUACAAAUUCUGUAGGUGUCCACUCUGCCGAUAACUCUUUGGAAGUAGGAAGAAGAUUUAAUCCAGAUGGAGAAUUUGAGCAUAAUUCAUCAGCUUUAGCCCUAGAUUUCGAUAUAGACGAGGGGACAAGGGUAAGCACUGAGCCCCAUAUACAAUUUGAGGGUAAUGACAUGGAUUUCCCAAUAGACGAUCCACUGGAUGAUAAUGAUAAUUGGGAUCUUGGUAUCAAUGAAGAACAUGACGACGAUUCCAUCGAAGUUGGUAGAAGAGCUGAAGAACCGUUGUUAGAUGAACAUACUGAAUUUGGAUUUGAUCUAGAUUUAGAUAAAAAUGGACACGUGGGUGAACCCCUGGAAGAGGAUACCGAACCUAUACCCCCAAAGAGAAUGUCAUCAAAAAGAGUAAAUGAUCCUUCACUAAAAAAUACAAUGAAUAUCAUUGUUGAUGACAAUUCUGAAAUGUCCAGAAGUAACAUAAAUGAUAACACCUCCUCCGAGACUAUAAAUAAUGCUCCUAAUAGGAUCCAGCACAAAAAUAUGUCUCAUAAAAGACUAUCCCAUGAAAUAUUGACAGAUUUAGGAUAUCUUCAUCAAUCUGUUAUAUCUCAUUUACUUCCUUAUCAUACCUUGAAGAAACAGAAGAUCCAAGAGCCUAUACAAACCACGGAAGAAAUUGAAGUUAUUGAAAAUUCCUCACGACCAGCGUUAGAUAUAUCUUUAGAAUUAGAUAGCACUAACCAUAUUGACGACAUUGACAACAUUCAGGAGGACUUUGAAGAUAUAGCUAUUAAUGAUAACACCGACUUUAAUUGUGAACACGACACUGGAAGUCCGAGAAUUAAUACCCAAGGUACAAUUUUGGAAGAUUCAUCAAACCAAGAGGAGAGGGACACAUCUACAACUUCAUUGAUUGAAGAAGACAACAUGAAGUUAAGAAAUGGUGAAGUUGCUUCCAGAGGGACAAUUGAAAUGGCUGAAACGUUGAGAGAAUACACAAAUAGUUCCGAUAUUGCAUACUCGGAUAUUCUUUCACACAGGCUAGACGACUCUAAUCAACCAACUAAAACAGAUGCUAGUAAAUGCUUCUUCGAUAUGCUAACUUUAGCAACAUCAGGUUGUAUUAAAUUAGAACAAUCAUCUGCAUUCGAAAAUAUCUCAAUAUCAACUUUGAAACCACUUUAUGAAAAAUUUAUUCCUGUAUAA